AUGGAGUCUCUGCUUUCUAGUUCUUCUCUUGUUUCCGCUGCAGGUGGAUGUUGUUGGAAGAAGCAGCAUCUAAAGUUCCAAUCUUUAUCAGGAAUCAGGGUUCUGCGUUGUAAUCCAAGUAAAGUUCUUGCGAAACCGAAGUUUAGGAACAAUCUUGUUAGGCUUGAUGGUCAAGAAUCUUCUUCAUUGUUGUUGUAUCCGAAACAUAAGUCGAGAUUUCGGGUAAAUGCCACUACGGGUCAGCCCGAGGCUUUCGAUCCGAAGAGCAAAAGGAACUCUUUUAAAGACUCUGUAGAUGCGUUUUAUAGGUUUUCAAGGCCUCAUACCGUUAUUGGCACAGUGCUUAGCAUUUUAUCUGUAUCUUUCUUAGCAGUAGAGAAGAUUUCUGAUAUAUCGCCAUUACUUUUCACCGGCAUCUUAGAGGCUGUUGUUGCAGCCCUCAUGAUGAACAUAUACAUAGUCGGGCUGAAUCAGUUGUCUGAUGUUGAAAUAGAUAAGGUUAACAAGCCAUAUCUUCCGUUAGCAUCAGGGGAAUAUUCUGUUCAAACCGGCAUUGCGAUAGUAGUUUCCUUCUCUGUCAUGAGUUUCUGGCUCGGGUGGAUUGUUGGUUCGUGGCCGUUGUUUUGGGCUCUUUUUGUGAGUUUCAUGCUGGGAACUGCAUAUUCUAUCAAUUUGCCACUUUUAAGGUGGAAAAGAUUUGCAUUGGUUGCAGCAAUGUGUAUCCUCGCUGUCCGAGCUAUUAUUGUUCAAAUCGCCUUUUAUCUCCACAUUCAGACCCAUGUGUUUGGAAGGCCAGUCUUGUUCACAAGGCCUCUUAUUUUCGCCACUGCGUUUAUGAGCUUUUUCUCUGUUGUCAUCGCAUUGUUUAAGGAUAUACCGGAUAUCGAAGGGGAUAAGAUUUUCGGAAUCCGAUCAUUCUCUGUAACUCUUGGUCAGAAACGGGUGUUUUGGGCAUGUGUUUCACUACUUCAAAUGGCUUACACUGUUGCGAUUCUGGUUGGUGCAACGUCUCCUUUCAUAUGGAGCAAAGUCAUCUCGGUUGUGGGUCAUGUUAUACUCGCAACAACCUUGUGGACUCGAGCAAAGUCUGUUGAUCUGAGUAGCAAAACCGAAAUAACUUCAUGUUAUAUGUUCAUUUGGAAGCUCUUUUAUGCAGAGUACUUGCUGUUGCCUUUUUUGAAGUGA